GAAGAAUAAGAACAAACCCCAAAUCACUUCUCCUUCUCCUCCUUCUUCUUCGUCGCCAAAUCCAAAGGCCAAAACUAUCCUCUUAAUUCCUUCGGUUACGAAGAAAUGGCAAUUUCAUCACCAGCAGGCACCGCCGCUGUCGCUUCUUCUAAGCUUAGAUACCCACAAGCCUCCCCUCUCCCUAUUCACUCCUCAGCCACUUCUGCAGUUUUCUCUUCAAUUAUCCCUAAACUAACCCCUACCCACCUCUCCUCUUCCUUCCUUCCUCCUUUUAUCACCACCGUCUCCACCUCCUCCGUCUUCCCCCACCGCCGUGCCUAUUUCACAGUCAAAGCUGCCCGUGGCAAAUUCGAACGCAAAAAGCCCCACGUCAACAUCGGCACCAUUGGUCAUGUCGACCACGGUAAAACCACCUUGACUGCCGCUCUAACUAUGGCCUUAGCUUCCAUGGGUAACAGCGCCCCGAAAAAGUACGACGAAAUCGACGCCGCCCCUGAAGAGCGUGCCCGUGGUAUCACCAUCAACACCGCCACCGUCGAAUAUGAAACCGAGAACCGCCAUUACGCCCACGUGGAUUGCCCCGGGCACGCUGAUUAUGUUAAAAACAUGAUUACUGGAGCUGCCCAAAUGGACGGUGCCAUCUUGGUCGUUUCCGGAGCCGACGGACCCAUGCCCCAGACUAAAGAGCAUAUCUUGUUGGCUAAACAAGUUGGUGUCCCAAACAUGGUCGUGUUUUUGAACAAACAAGACCAGGUAGAUGAUGAAGAGCUUUUGCAAUUGGUCGAAUUGGAGGUGCGUGAAUUGCUUUCUAGUUACGAAUUUCCUGGUGAUGAUGUGCCUAUUGUUUCUGGUUCUGCACUUUUAGCUUUAGAAGCUUUAAUGGCUAAACCCAGUAUUCCUAGAGGAGAAAACCAGUGGGUUGAUAAGAUUUAUGAACUUAUGGAUGCUGUUGAUAGCUAUAUUCCUGUUCCUCAAAGACAAACAGAUUUACCUUUCUUGUUAGCUGUUGAGGAUGUGUUUUCCAUCACCGGCCGUGGUACUGUCGCCACCGGUCGUAUCGAGAGAGGUACUAUUAAGGUUGGAGAUACUGUUGACAUUGUUGGAUUGAAGGAAACCAGGAAUGUCACAGUUACUGGAGUGGAAAUGUUUCAAAAGAUAUUAGAUGAUGCCAUGGCUGGUGAUAAUGUUGGAUUGUUGCUUAGAGGUGUUCAAAAGGCUGAUAUUCAGAGAGGGAUGGUUUUGGCUAAACCGGGAACUAUCACGCCCCAUACCAAGUUCAGCGCCAUUGUCUAUGUGUUGAAGAAGGAAGAGGGUGGUAGGCAUUCUCCAUUCUUCGCAGGUUAUAGGCCUCAGUUUUACAUGAGGACCACCGAUGUCACCGGAAAGGUAUCUUCCAUUAUGAAUGAUAAGGAUGAAGAGUCUAAGAUGGUUAUGCCCGGUGACCGUGUAAAGAUGGUAGUUGAGCUCAUUAUGCCCGUGGCUUGCGAACAAGGGAUGCGGUUCGCAAUCAGAGAAGGUGGGAAGACAGUUGGAGCCGGUGUUAUUCAGUCCAUCAUUGAGUGAUUUUUGGAUACACCUAAGUUGCAAAAAAUGUUAUUUGCAUUUGCAGUGAUGUCAAAAAAACUUCAUAUGUUAAAGUCAUGCAAUUAGUUUCAUCACAAUUUUUAAAACCUCUUUGAUUCCAAUUUCAUAUUUGGAGUUUUGUAUUUCUUUUGCUUCAACCUCAUGUUAAAUCUAGUUGGUUAAUAUUCAUGU